AUGUCUCAACAAAACAUAAACAGUUACGAUUAUAAUUAUGAUUUUAAACAACAAACAUACCCUUCAAACACUUAUUCUACGUUUAUUCCAACAGAAACAAAUUUUACUCAACAAUCUCUUUACGCGUCAAAUUAUCCAAUUUAUAACGAUUAUGACCAUAUUUCUAUGGGUCAUUUUGGGAAUACACUUAUAGACGAUGGAGUGAUUUCCAUAAAUACAGAUUAUUUGAAUCAUUCAAAUCCAUCAAUUCAAAAGUUAAAUGGAACUUCAAAUUGUGCACAAAUUAACAAUAAUUAUUGUUCGUGCAAUAAAUUAAUACCAUGUGAAAAGUUUGAAAAUGAUCAAGUAGAAUAUGCAACAUCUGAGUCAUAUCCUGAAUCAUAUCGAUAUUCACAAACUUUUGAACAAAAUGAAGGAAUACCAUCACCAUGCAAUUCUUUAGUCCUUUGCCAAUCUCAGAACAAUCCAAUAUUCUCAGCACCCUUAACCACUAUUAUUCAUCAACAACCUAUAAAUCCAAUUGAAUCCCUAACAGAAGAACAAAACAACGAUCAUAUUUCCUCAAAAUACUCUAUCAAAAAGACUUCUACAAUGAUAAUUCAAUUGGAAACAUCACCUGAAACCCUAAAAAAAUAUGAGACGUGCGAAGAAUAUGUAAUAUACUAUGAAAAACGAUGUCAAGUUCAUGAAGAUGGCGAAAUGGAGACUUUUGAAGAGCAAGUGAUUAAAAUGGAUAAAAGAGUGAAAGUUGAACAAUUUUCUGAAGCACUUUCUGAAGCAUGUUCUGAAGCAUUUUCCGAAGCAUUUUCUGAAGUAUUUUCUGAUGUAGAAAACAAUUUUACGCAUUGA